CCCAUGGCGACGGGGAGUCAGGCCCGGGCGCCGAGGAGCGAUGCCUAAGGCCAGUGAUACUUUAUGGGACCUUGCUAUAGCUGAAGUAGAGAAGAGAGAAAACCCUGAUGAUGAUGGCAAGCAUGUGGAAGUUUGCGAAAAAUCAAUAUUAUUUAUGGGAAACAAAAACGGGGGAAAGACCACCAUUAUUCUGAGGUGUCUGGAGAGGGAAGAGAUUCCAAAGCCAACAUUAGCCUUGGAAUAUACUUUUGGAAGAAGGGCUAGGAGACACAAUACUCCUAAAGAUAUAGCUCAUUUGUGGGAACUAGGUGGUGGAACAUCAUUACUGGAACUGAUUCGAAUACCAAUCACUAGUAACAACUUAAGCUCAUUUGCUGUAGUUCUUGUAUUGGAUCUGUCCAAACCUAAUGAACUGUGGACUACUAUGGAGAAACUUCUGCAAGUCACCAGGAACCAUGUGCACAAAAUUUUAGCCAAACUAGAAAAGACAAAUCCUAAAGUAGUUGCUGAAAUUAAACAGAAGAUGCGAAACAAUCUGCAGAGAGAUCAUCCAGAUUAUGAGUUAGUUGACCCUUUUCCAAUACCCUUGGUGAUAAUUGGAAGCAAAUACGAUAUUUUUCAUGAAUUUGACUCUGAAAUGAGGAAAAUAAUAAGCAAGACACUUCGGUUUGUUUCACAUUAUUAUGGAGCAUCAUUAGUGUUUACCAGUAAAUCUGAGGCUCUUCUGCUGAAAGCCCGUGCUCUUAUUAAUCACUUGGCAUUUGGCUACGAUAAAAGCAAGUCUGUGUCAGUGGAUCACAACAAACCUCUGUUUAUACCAGCAGGCCUGGAUUCCCUGAGCCAAAUAGGACCACCACCUGCCUCUGAUAUUGGAAAGAUGCGUGCAAACACACCUUUGGAACUGUGGAAAAAAGUAUUUGAGAAAACAUUUCCUCCCAAGAGCUUCUGUGAUUUACAAGAUACCAAGGACCCUGCACAGGAUUCACAGUACGCUGAGUACGAAGUUGAUGUCAUGAGAGCUCAGAAAAACCAGGAACUCGAACAAUAUAAAAGAAAUGCUUCUAAAUCUUGGAAAGAAAUGGUUUUGGACUCCGACUGAUGAACCAUUAAAAGUGUUUCCAGUUUAACAUUUGGGUUUGAAUCUGAAGAUCAACAUUAGUCACUUCCACUUAUUUUAUGAGUUCUAACACAUUGUUUGGGUCAUUUUGGAAUGCUUCUGCCUUAAACAUGUAUUUAAAGAUAAACAAGUAUUCACACACAAAAUACGAAACCACACAGUCAAGUGUGCUGGGUAUCUUUUCCUUUUCUUUGCAUAUAUAAUAUAAAAACAAAGCUUAAGAAUAUGUUUGCAUCAUUGUUGGAUGCAUUUGAAUAGGAUAGGUCCACAGAACCCUGAAGAAUAAAGUGAAUUUAAAACC